UACCAGCAUGCUCCUGGACGACAGGCAGAAAUUGAAGAACUAGCAGGAGCAGCAAAACUGCAAGUGGAGGACUUUAUUCCCCCGUCAUCUUCGGAGCAGCAAGACGAUCAACUUCUGCAGGAACAGACAAUACAGUGUCAACGCGUAGCAGACAAGUGCAGAGAAC